CUGAGAGGAAAAAGGGAAGGGGUGUUGGGCCUGGCGGGCUAACCCGGACUGUGGACAGCUGGCGGUUCCGCGGGGCGGUGUCCGGAGAGCUACGGGGCCCGGGAGCGCGGGGUCCACGCCACACCCCCCGGGAGGCGCCCGAACCAGCGGGCCGGCGAGGAGGAGCGGCCGGCGACACCCGCAAGCCGGGACCAUGGGCUGCUUCUUCUCGAAGAGGCGGAAGACUGAGAAGGAGUCGGAGCCCGAGGGCGAGGAGGAGCGGCCGAAGCAGUACAGCUGGGACCAGCGCGAGAAGGUUGAUCCAAAAGACUACAUGUUCAGCGGACUGAAGGACGAAACCGUAGGGCGCUUACCCGGCCAAGUGGCGGGACAGCAGUUCCUCAUUCAGGACUGUGAGAACUGUAACAUCUAUAUUUUUGAUCACUCCGCCACCAUCACUAUCGACGACUGUACUAACUGCGUGAUUUUCUUGGGACCUGUGAAAGGCAGCGUGUUCUUCCGGAAUUGCAGAGACUGCAGAUGCACACUAGCAUGCCAGCAGUUCCGUGUGAGGGACUGCCGGAAGCUGGAGGUCUUUCUGUGCUGCGCCACUCAGCCCAUCAUUGAGUCUUCCACGAACAUCAGGUUCGGCUGCUUCCAGUGGUACUACCCCGAGUUAGCCUUGCAGUUCAAAGAUGCGGGGCUGAGCAUCUUCAACAACACCUGGAGCAGCGUUCACGACUUCACACCUGUGGCAGGAGAGCUCAACUGGAGCCUUCUUCCCGAAGAUGCCGUAGUUCAAGACCAUGUCCCUCUACCUACCGCUGAAGAGCUCAGAGCCGUCCGCAUUUCCACAGAAGCCAACAGAAGUAUCGUUCCGGUAUCUCGGGGUCAGAGGCCGAAGAGCAGUGAUGAAUCCUGCUUAGUGGUGUUAUUUGCUGGUGAUUAUACAAUCGCAAAUGCCAGAAAACUGAUUGAUGAGAUGGUUGGUAAAGGAUUCUUCCUAGUUCAAACAAAGGAAGUGUCAAUGAAAGCUGAAGAUGCUCAGAGAGUUUUUGGGGACAAAGCACCGGACUUCCUUCCUCUGCUGAGUAAAGGCCCUGUGAUAGCCUUGGAGUUCAGUGGAGAUGGGGCUGUAGAAGGGUGCCACUUCAUCGUCAAUGAGAUAUUCAACGGAACCAAGAUGUUUGUAUCAGAAAGCAAGGACACAGCAGCCGGAGACGUGGACAGCUUCUACAACUUCGCUGACAUACAGAUGGGAAUAUGACGUGCAGCGUGGAGCCAAGGACUUGGGAUCGAGCCCUUUUUAAGUUGUGUGUUAGCAGCGGGUUUUACUGAUGUUAAAACUGUCAAAGCGUAGUUUUAAAUAAACUGUUGAAUCCUGCA